GCUCACACUCACUCAGUCUAUCAGCAGUGGUAGUGCAGAGAAGGGCUGGAGAGGGUGUCCUCCUUUCUCUCUCUUUCUCUUCAGUCAUUGCUCUAUCCCCUCUCUCUCUCUCUCUUCCUAUCCACUCACUCACUCGCUCGCUCCCUCUCUCCACCCCUCUCUCUCUCUCUGUCUCUCUCUCUCUCUCACUCUCACUCUCUCUCUCUCUCUCUCUCUCUCUUUCCCUUUCCGUGCGUGCGAUCUGUUGUCAGUUUGGCCGUGACUUUAACCGGGGCGACAGGAUGUCUUCAGUCGCGCUCUCUGCCACCUUCUUAUUAACAGGAGCUUGAAGAAGCAUGCUGCAACAGGGUGGCAACUGACUGUACAGGUGAACAAGAGAGAGAAAGUGUGUGUGUGUGUGCAUGUGCGUGUGUGUGGAGGGAACACCGAGAAAGAAGGGGACCUUACACUCUUGUCUCCGCGCUUCAAAGAGGUGAAGCGUGGGGACAGCCAUGAGGACCACAUACAGAAGACACCGAGCCAUGAGUGUGUGUAAGUGUGCGUGAGAGAAAGACCACUCAUCUGCCGUUCCAUGUGGACACUGAGAUGACCAUGUACCCACGCUGGUCCUUCAACACACUGACCGUCAUAUUCCUCCUGCUGUCCACUGCAGCUCUGUCAGCACACUUCCGAGUGUGCGAGCCUUACUCUGACCACAAGGGGCGCUACCACUUUGGGUUCCACUGUCCCCGGCUCUCUGACAACAAGACUUAUAUGUUCUGCUGUCACCAUAACAACACAGCCUUCAAGUACUGUUGCAACGAGACAGAGUUCCAGAGCGUCAUGCAGCACAACCUCACCACCAGCGGCGAUGGCUUCACACACAAUAACUACACGGCGCUGAUUGGCGUGUGGGUGUAUGGCUUCUUCGUCAUGGUGCUGCUGGCGCUCGACUUCCUCUACUACUCGGCCAUGAACUACGAGGUGUGCCGCGUCUACCUGGAGAGGUGGGGCCUCGGGGGCCGCUGGCUCAAGAAGGCCCGCAGCCAGUGGCACCACCACGCCAUCGCCAUGGAGACGGCCGCCGCCGACGAAGCCCUGGGAGGUAUUGGGCCUGGGGCCAGCCUGGUCCUGGGCCCCCAACACCACCACUCCCAGCACAGCCACCGGGGGGAGCCACAGAGCCCUACCCUCAUGACCUUCCAGACCUCCACCGCCUGAGACAUGGCCUCGCCCAGAUGCUGCUGUGUGUGUGUGUGUGUGAAGUGGGGCUGGACUACGGAGAAGAUCCUGAGUGAAUGACUGAUUGAGACGGGAAGGGGCCUUUCCUGUCCUCCCCUAUCCCAUCAGCCCCUUCCACACGGACUUUACUCUUCACAUGGAAAAACAGCCGCCCCUCUGGGGUCCAAGGGGGGGUUGUCUGUAUUUUUUGGAGGGGGAGAGGAGGGAGGGUUGUUCUCUACCUCUCCCCUGCCCCGAUCCUGAUGUGACUCACACAAGAGACUUGAGAAUGGGACAGCGGAGUCAUUGACGUGAAGGGGCAACGCACCCAGCGGUAGCAACCAUCUGCUAGAAGAAAAAAGGGGGUAUUAAAAAUGGAUACUCAGAAUAAAAAUACACCCGAGGAGCACAUUCUCUAACCCCCCUGUGUGUGUGUGUGUGUGUGUGUGUGUGUGUGUGUGUGUGUGUGUGUGUGUGUGUGUGUGUGUGUGUGUGUGUGUGUGUGUGUGUGUGUGGAGCAGGCAAACGGACUGAGGUAACCCGAGGCCACCCGUGGCUGAGCGAGAGAGGCUUCAGCUUAUUAAUAUCUCUUUGGUAUGUUCUUCUCAUUUGCACUGCGCUGAAAGCCAGGUUUUGGCUCUGUAAAGUCUUAGCGGUAGGAUUAUUUAUAACUGUUAUAAGGGUUGAAAUGGAUCUUUUCCAUGUGGACUACAACAAGGGCACAUUCUUUGGAUGGGUCACUGAUAUUGGCUGGUUAAGAUAAGAAACGGUAGGUUUCUUUUUUGUUGCCCUUAUCAAAGAUUAAAAGCAGAUCCUUGGUGAGCGUAUAAUACAAGUAUAAACCUCAGAGGAGACGGUUAGUAGUGAGGAAUCUUUUCCACAUCAAGCAUUUAAUUCAAAGCAAAAUGGUUCCUUUCAGCAGCCAAGAACCUUUGAUUUGAUGCUACCUUAGAACACUGCAAUUUUAUCACCCGGCUUUAAAGAACCUAGACCUGGACUAAAAAAAAUACUGCACACUUGCAAUAUUGUAAUAUUAAUUUGAACUACUGAGAUGAAGAGAUAAGAUCAUGACCUAUAGCCAAACAGAAUUACCUGAUAAAGCAAUAUAAUUAUCAUGUAGUAACUUAUGACGAGGUGCAGUUGGAACAUUAUCUAUUUCUGCCAUAUUUAAUAGUCUGUUUAUGAGAACUAGCACAGGGAUCAUGGAAUGAAUGUUUUUGCCAUUUCAGGCUAACUUGAUUUUAGAGGGACCGCUGUUCUUGUUUUCUUGAAGGUAUUAGUUAGAGAACGCAGAGUUCCUUAGUGCACCUUUGUUAGAUAGGGAAGAAAACAGUAGAGUGUAGAAACACGUCAGUUGUUGUACCUCUGUUUUUGAAGUCCCUCUUCUUCUUCACUGCAGAAUUGAAUUUGUUGUGGGUCUAGCAGGUAAAACAACGAGGUAGCCAGUUUCGUAGGCUUUUAGCAAAGCCAAUAACGCACAUACUUGUGUUGUGUUUCUCUAUGCUCAGUCAGCUCAUCUGUGCUCUUGAUGGCUUGUGAGAAGGAAUUUUGUUUAACCCCCCCCCCCAUCAUAGAACACGAUGAAACAGCAGCCACAUUUACAUGGACAGUUUUUUUUUGUCAUUCCAAAUUAACUAUUCAAAUUGAAAAAUCCAUGACAUUUUCAAUGGUGAAUAUACCACCUCUUUCAUUCCGAUUAAAAUUCUGAUCGGAUCAGCCAUUUUUAUUCAAAAUGAGGUGUUUAUGUGAGAACUUUUAUUCCGAUUGAGCCGUUAUUCCGUAAUCUGAUUAAAAGUGUCCAGGUAAUGAGUUAGUCUUAACAGGUUUAAGAACCCUCAUGGGCAUUUGCCAUUUAGGAUAAGAUACGGCUUUACUUGAUUUUACACUGGGGAAAUUUACUUUUUAUUUGGAAGACAGAUCCAGCAAUAAACAUAUAUUUAAAAAGCAGAACAUAUAAAUCCCAAUAUAAAAUCUGUUGAAAAAUUGAAAGUUAAAUCUUAAUUCCCUUCAUUUCUUUUAUUGGAUGGCAUAAUGGAUCAGUAAUGAUCAGUAAUUAGAGACAGAGUGGUUAAAUGAGGAAGUAUUCUCACUGGGCCUUCAGUAUCACAGUUCAGGGACUUUGCAUUAGUUAAGUGCUUUUGUUGACUAGUUUGAAGUGCUAGGUAGUACAAAAUCUGGACACCAUUUAUGCUAACUGUCCUUACUACAGUGUACCUACUAAAGUAAUAAAAAGCACUUCAGUUUUUAUUACAUGGUAUUAUACCUACCUUACAUGUACUUAUGUACCAAUGUAAAAAGUGCAUUGUAUUUUAGGACACUUAAUAUAGAUUGUGGCCCAAAACGUUUCCUCUUAUGCUUGAAAGGAAAGCACCAACACACACACACACACACACACACACACACACACACACACACACACACACACACAAACACACACACACACAAAUAUACACACAAUCACUCUUGUUCUUGAAGUUAUGAGUUAGUGGUGGUAACAGUUGCCUUACAGUGAAUCAACAGUAUUCUUGUGCUUUGUUUAGUAGUGCAAGGAGCUUAAACAAAGGAGUGAGGGGUGGGGUUUGGAGGAUGGGUGGGGUGUCCAACUUGAUCACUCGAUCCCUUAUUUUGUUUUUUUGUGUGUAUUCUUAUGGCUGUGUAUAAUGUUCCGUCCAGGUGGAGAUGUCAUUGCACUCGUUUGUUUUUUUUUCUCUCUCUCUCUUUCUACUGUAACACACAGGGAUAAAUAAAGAUCUAUCUUUUGCAGUGUG